AUGCUGCUGUACGCAUUGAUACGGGGGGAUGUAAAAGUUUUGGAUAGGAUCGACAAGUUACCGUUUGUUGAGACUCCUUUACACGUAGCUGCAUUUGCGGGGCACACUCGAUUUGCCUCGGAGAUCAUGAGGUUAAAGCCGUCAUUUUCUAGGAAGCGUAAUGAAGAUGGCUUUACCCCUGUUCACCUUGCUUUGCAAAAUAACAAAACCGAAGUGGUGCGCCAGCUACUUGAUGUUGAUCAAGACCUUGUUCGUGCCCAAGGAAAGGAGGGUGUGACUCCUUUGCAUUAUGUAGCUCUAACAGGAAACCUUGUUCUUUUGGCUGAAUUUUUAAAUGUUUGCCCCAAGUCUAUCAAAGAUGUAACAAUUCGAAGAGAUACUGCUUUUCAUAUUGCCUUGAAAAACAACAAGGUAGAUGCUUUUAACAUCCUUAUGAAAUGGUAUGAGAAGACCAGGUUUAAUGAUGUGUUGGCCUCACAAAACAAACAAGACAAAAAUGUCUUAUUGUCGGGGUAUGGGAACCUGCUGAAUUCGAAGGACGAGGAAGGCAACACUUUGUUACACAUUGCAGUAUCUCAAAAUCAACCCAAGGUCGUGCGGCGAUUAUUGAAUAAUGUUGGAGUUACAAUAAACUCUGAAAAUUUAGAGGGUUGUACCAUCUGGCAAGGGCAAACGCCAAUCAGCAGUGAGAUGAGACGUAUGCUACAUCGUGCUAGAGUAGUUUUACGUCUUUGUCCUUUUCGUAGAGCUAUUACUCAUGAAGUUUACCUCAGAUCUAACUUUGUUGGUGAUUUCCGAAAGUGUAUGCUUCUUCUACAAAUAGGUAUAACGAAUGAGUUGCGUAGUAUCUUGUUGGUAGUUGCGGUGCUUUAUUUAACAAUCAACUUCCAAUUGGUACUCACCCCCUCGGGAGGACUUUGGCCAGAUAACUGUGAUCCUCAACACAAUCCGAUUGGUAAUUGCACAGUCCCACACCAGGCGGGGAAGGAUCUUGCCAAGACCCUCCUAGAAUCUCGCCGGGACUUGCCCAGGACCCACUCGGGACUUGACCAGAACUCACCCAGUACCCGCUUGGGACCGCACCAAGACCUACCCGGGACCAGACUGGACUUGAACGGGACCCGCCCGGACCUGCCAAAAACCCACUCGAGACCCGACCAGGACCAAUCUGGUACUUGCCCGGGACUCGCCCUGGACUUGACCGGGACCGGACCGGCACGUGCCCAGGACUUGCCCGGGACAUGA